CUUCGCUUUCUCCACUCCCCCACUACCUCUCUCGCUCUAGCUCGUAAUUCUUCGUAUUCUUCUCCAAAAACCCUAGAUCUAAGCUUUUCACAGAGGUUUAGGUUCAGCCAUGGGAGACACCGAGACCUUUGCUUUCCAGGCUGAGAUCAACCAGCUUCUCAGUUUGAUCAUCAACACUUUCUACAGCAACAAGGAGAUCUUUCUUCGUGAGCUCGUCAGCAAUGCUUCCGACGCUCUUGACAAGAUUCGAUUCGAGAGUUUGACUGACAAGAGCAAGCUUGAUGGUCAACCAGAGCUCUUUAUCCAUAUUGUGCCUGACAAGACCAACAACACCCUGUCGAUCAUUGACAGUGGUAUUGGAAUGACCAAGGCUGACUUGGUUAACAAUCUUGGUACAAUCGCAAGAUCUGGUACCAAGGAGUUCAUGGAGGCAUUGGCUGCUGGUGCUGAUGUUAGCAUGAUCGGGCAAUUCGGUGUUGGGUUCUACUCAGCUUACCUUGUUGCUGAGAAGGUUAUUGUGACCACCAAGCAUAAUGAUGAUGAGCAGUACGUGUGGGAGUCCCAAGCCGGUGGAUCAUUCACUGUUACCAGGGAUACUUCUGGUGAAGUUCUUGGCAGGGGUACUAAGAUCACCCUCCACCUUAAGGAAGACCAGCUUGAGUACUUGGAGGAGCGUAGGUUGAAGGACUUGAUCAAGAAGCACUCUGAGUUCAUUAGCUACCCAAUUUCUCUCUGGGUUGAGAAGACCACCGAGAAGGAAAUCUCUGAUGAUGAAGAUGAGGAGGACAAGAAGGAUGAGGAAGGAAAGGUUGAGGAUGUUGACGAGGAAAAGGAGAAGGAAGAGAAAAAAAAGAAGAAAAUUAAGGAAGUUUCACAUGAGUGGUCUUUGGUUAACAAGCAAAAGCCAAUCUGGAUGCGGAAGCCUGAGGAGAUUACCAAGGAAGAGUAUGCUGCUUUCUACAAGAGUCUCACCAAUGACUGGGAGGAGCAUCUUUCUGUGAAGCAUUUCUCAGUUGAGGGACAAUUGGAGUUUAAGGCUAUCCUCUUUGUUCCCAAGAGGGCACCUUUCGAUCUCUUCGACACCAGGAAGAAGCCCAACAACAUCAAGCUCUAUGUCCGCAGAGUUUUCAUCAUGGACAACUGUGAGGAGAUCAUUCCCGAAUACCUUAGCUUCGUCAAGGGUAUUGUUGACUCCGAGGAUCUUCCUUUGAACAUCUCAAGAGAAAUGUUGCAACAGAACAAGAUUUUGAAGGUUAUCCGUAAGAAUUUGGUGAAGAAGUGCAUUGAGAUGUUCUUUGAGAUCGCCGAGAACAAGGAGGACUACAACAAGUUCUACGAGUCCUUCUCCAAGAACCUCAAGCUCGGUAUCCACGAGGAUUCCCAGAACAAAACCAAGCUCGCUGAGUUGUUGAGAUACCACUCAACCAAGAGCGGUGAUGAGUUGACCAGUCUCAAGGACUACGUGACCAGAAUGAAGGAGGGACAGAGCGAUAUCUACUACAUCACUGGUGAGAGCAAGAAGGCUGUUGAGAACUCCCCAUUCCUCGAGAAAUUGAAGAAGAAGGGAUAUGAAGUUCUUUACAUGGUUGACGCCAUUGACGAGUACGCAGUUGGUCAGCUCAAGGAAUUCGAGGGAAAGAAGCUUGUCUCAGCCACCAAGGAGGGAUUGAAGCUUGAAGAGAACGAGGACGAGAAGGCAAAGAAGGAAGAACUCAAGGAGAAGUUCGAGGGUCUAUGCAAGGUUAUCAAGGAUGUGUUGGGCGACAGAGUUGAGAAGGUUGUCGUCUCUGACCGUGUGGUGGACUCCCCUUGCUGUUUGGUGACCGGCGAGUACGGUUGGACCGCCAACAUGGAGAGGAUCAUGAAAGCUCAAGCAUUGAGGGACAACAGCAUGGCUGGCUACAUGUCAAGCAAGAAGACAAUGGAGAUCAACCCCGAAAACCCCAUCAUGGAUGAGCUGAGGAAGAGGGCCGACGCCGACAAGAACGACAAGUCCGUCAAGGACCUUGUGCUCCUCCUCUUCGAGACCUCCCUCCUCACCUCCGGCUUCAGUCUCGACGACCCCAACACCUUCGGAAACAGAAUCCACAGGAUGCUCAAGCUCGGUUUGAGCAUCGACGAGGACGCCGUCGAGGCUGAUGCUGAGAUGCCGCCGCUCGAGGAUGCUGAAGCUGAUGCCGAGGGCAGCAAGAUGGAGGAAGUCGACUAAGCUUUGUCGCGGCCUGAUUAACAAACCAUGAUUUUUAGAGUUUAAGUUUUCGUUAUUAUAUAAGUAGUUUUUUUUUUCUGGGGCUUUUUUUGGUACUGUUGCCAACUUUGGUGGUGGGUUUUUUUAUUAUCCAGAGGUAUUGUUUUGGACAAGUUAUAUUUUCCUUUUUUGUCUUUGCGAUAUUAAAACUAUUUUAGAUGAAUUAUCAUAUAUUCUGAUCA